ACCCACCCCGCUCCCACCCUCUCUUUCUCUCUGAGCCGGUGACCCUGAGGAGGAUAUUGAGAAGGAUAUGGCAGUUAUGAUUUCCCUGAACUCCCACACACCCUUCUUCCCUCAAAGCCCAAGUUUCAAUUCACUCCCUCAAAAGCAUAGCCUUACCUUGUCUCCUCCUUUCAAAACCCUACCUCGCUCUACCCGUUUCUCCCUCGACAAACACUCCCACCACAACUCUACUCCUCAAGACAGCGAGGUGGACAAUAUUGGGGUUAAAGCUGCAUUGUCUAUGCUCAGAUUCUAUAAAAGGGAGAUAUCACCUCUUCUGCCAAAUAGUUGUAGAUACGUUCCCACAUGUAGUGAGUAUUCCAUGGAAGCCUAUAAGAAAUAUGGAGUUGUAAAGGGCACCGUCUUGACCACUUGGCGUCUCUGCCGCUGUAAUCCCCUUGGUGGGUCUGGAUUUGACCCUCCACGAUGGUUUGAUGAGGGGCCUCCACCAGAAAAAUGAGACACGCCAAUGGGGUGGCUGCAAAAGUAAUAGGUCAGGACAUGUGGUUCUGGUGCACACCGUCAAAUGAAGUAAUCUCCUUAAAAUAGUUAGCAACGCAGAUUCUAAUUAUACUUAUAUCAUGAAGAUAAGACAUCAACAACACGACAGUAGAUUCUGAUUGCACGUCAAUUGGAGCUGUUUUAUGAGAAGUCCCGAGCAGGCAACAUAACCUUUGAUUGAUGAGUGAAAUAAAUUUUGAAUCUCACACUUUUAGGACUCUGCUCUUGCCCCAAGGAACUAAGGGUCCUCUGUUUUUUAACCAUUGCAUUCUUUUCCAGGCACAAGGGCAUUAUAAUUUCAUCAGGAAACAUGCCUAAGACACCCCACUGAUAUUUACCAAGUCAUAGGUUGUUGGUCAGUCAUGUAAGUUGUAACAUGCAUGUUCUAUGAUCUGUUUCCGAGGGAAAGUAGGCAAGGUUUACAGACAUUGAUCAUUUAUAUUUUUUUCUUGUGGUUGAAGAGAGGGGAAAGGAGGUGUUGAUGAGCAUGUAAUCAAGUUUUGAUCAAAUUAGAAGUCAGAAGCUGUGCAAGUGGA